GGGCGUGUCUAUGGAUACUUGAUCAAACUUCUUACCUCCGAACCGGCCAGAAUCCUUACCUACCAUCUUAUUAUUCCCCACCAUUACUAUUCAAUUUGUUACCGUCUCCAAGUCAAUCGAAGCUUAACUUAGUUACUUUCUUCUCUAUUAUGUCAAAUUGUCCCCAUCUAUCCUCUUGAUACUAGGUUAGAUAUCUGGUUCCAAGGGUCCGAGGGCAUUGGUGGCAUCUGUCCUUCUUGUGGAGGCAAGUUGUGGACCUAGCAGAAGUAGAAGAAGAAGAAGCAGAAGCUAGAAUGGCCGACGAUGCAUCAAAUUCAAGGCUCUCCUCGCCGCCCAGGGUCAUGAAUGGUAAGGAGAGAAGAAACCCAUCUAUCACUCCCAGAAAGUUCCGACGGUUCUUUACUCCUCGCUCUCGAGUACCUACGCGUAUCAGCCCGGCAAGAAAGGCUCUAAAGGAUCUCGCCGCCCCUGAGUUGAACAAUCGUUAUCAGACGCCUGCUCCCUCUAGUCCAUUAAGACCUUAUUCAGAUGAACAUAUUCGAGAUGAGAAUGUCGAUGCCGAGGAUGUUCCAACGCCCAAAAGACGGAAAUUCAACCAUACUCCCGAUUCUUCGCCAUGCCGACCCCCUUUAAUCUGCCAGCCAAGCCAUGUUGGAUUCGAAGCGUCACCGGAUACCAGGCCAGCCCUACUCAGCCCAAUUAGAUCUAUUCGUUCCAGUCGGGAGGAUAUUGAUUUGGAUAAUGAUGCUAGCGAGGAUGAACUCCCAUCAUGGCCAAUGCCAAUAAGACGGCUCGUACCUUUGACAAGUCGCGGCUUUGCCGGUCAACUUGCACAAAGACAACUGGGGGGAAUGCCUCAGGCUGGACGCUCUUUCAUGUCAUGCCCGGCCUCGGACUGGAGAAUAGAUGCUGCCGACUUUUACAGCAAGCCCGAUGAUGUUCAUUCCUGUAAUAGUCACGACGGCCAAGGCCGAUGCAUACCAUUUUGCGCUGCCGCCUGUCACAAGAACAGCUUGACGGCAAUAGGAGAUGAGGAAGGUCGAGUCCGUCUACUGGAGUCGUCUGGUGAUUCGUCUGAACCAUUCCGCAAGAUUCAUCUAUGUUUCCAAGCCCACACCAAUGCUAUUAUCGACUUGUCUUUCUCAGAUGACGACUACCGUCUGGCUACUGCAUCUGGCGAUCAAACCGGAAGAGUUAUAGAUAUGAUGACACAAACUCCAAUUGCGAUUCUUCAACAUCAUACCGCCUCUCUGAAGCAAGUUCGUUUCCAACCGGGCAAAUCCAAUGGCAGUGUCCUCGCAACAUCUUCCCGUGACGGAAGUGUUCAAAUAUGGGAUCUUCGUUGCUCAGGGAAACCAAUGCAGGACAUCUUAGCACCCGAAGAACGUGAGGUCGCUUUACGAUACCGGCGCCCAGCACCCAAACAAGGCUGUGCUAUCAAUAGUCUUUAUCACGCUCAUGUACGCACGUCACGUCAAGCUCAGCAGGCGUCAAACCUUGGACCUGGGGAUAUACCGUCGCAUCGUGAGCUACCAAACCGAGUUGGUGAUGUAUCUGUUACAGCACUCCAAUUUUUGCCCACGGGACAAGAGCACUUGCUACUUACUGCAUGUGAGGCGGACGCUUCUAUCAAACUUUGGGAUAUCCGCGCUAUACACUCGUCUCGCCAGAAGGUUCCCUCUCCAUUAUCUGUGACCACUCCACCCUCUUCGCAUCAGCAUUGGAGACCCUUUGGAAUUUCAUCUCUAACACUCAAUACCGACGCCUCUCGACUAUAUGCGGUGUGCAAGGACAAUACUGUGUAUGCUUAUUCAACCGCCCAUCUUAUACUAGGACACGCUCCGGAACUCUCUACGCGGAACGGCGAGGCACCCCGACGAAGACACAAUGCGGUACCUCACCAAGGCCUAGGGCCGUUGUACGGGUUCCGACACCCGUCGUUUCAUGCAACUAGUUUUUACGUCAAAGCCGCCGUCAGGCCAGCCCGUGACGGCAAGAGUGAACUGUUAGCCGUGGGGAGCAGCGACUCUUGCGCUAUGUUGUUCCCUACACAGGAACGAUAUUUCAGGGAUGACCUUCUUGGUGCAAUGGGCUCUCUAAGUCUAGAAGAUUCUACGAUAGGUGUCUCCCAGAAACAGACGGUGUCGAACUCAAGCUUCUCAUCUACGGACUCGAAUACGGUGCGCAGGUCGCUUUUUCGGACCAAUAGUACCGCCAACCUCUCGGCCAGACUCAACGAUGAUAUACCUAUCGUUCGAAUGGGGGCGCCGCUCGUUCGAGGACACGAAAGCGAGGUUGGCGCGUUGACUUGGACGAGCGAGGGUAAACUCGUGACGGUGGGCGACGACUACUUGAUUCGGUGCUGGAGCGAAGGGAGAGAAGAGGCGGCGGAUCUGAGGACAGGUGGCGAGACGGGUGGUCGACGUUGGGGAUGCGGUUGGGCGGAUGUUGGGGACGACUGGGAUCAGCUCGAUGACGAUGAGGAGUAAAGGAAAGGUUAAGGUUACAGCAUGGCGUCGGGUUGGAACUAGUAUUCAGCAUUGAGCAUUGCAGGCUCUGGAUUAUACCCCUAUAUUUGCUUUAGAGCUUGGCAAAUAAGCUCCCUUCUGCGCAUGAGUUCAGAUUUAAUGAGUCUUUACCGUACUUGAGGAGCCAGCUUUUAUGAUUCUGUGUUUGGUGUGUUGUGGCUUUCUGACCAACGUUUUGUCUGUGUCUUAAUGUAUAUUUUCCCGUGGAGUGUAUAAGUCAC